UUUUUCCAGCGGUAACCAAUCUUCAUCUCUCGUCGCCCAAAACCUGACGAAGCUGGAAGUGAUACCUGGGCACCCCCUUUGUGUGUGUCUGUUGCAAAAAAACGCCUUGUGUGUGUGUGCAACACUUUCCCUUUCACCUACCCGUUUUUUUUCUCGCAUGGCGAAUUUGCCAUCGGUCGUCACUUGGAAUUUGUGAAAGGACCGUGGGGGGGAACUAUGGCCGUCAUUUACCCAACGAAAUGUCGAAUAGACUAAAUUGUUCUGUACAACAUUUUUUCGAUGUGGGAUUUUUUUAUCUUUUUCUCUGACGGGAAUUUUGACAUGAUCCUACUCGUCUUAUUUUUCCUUUUUUCUGAUGUGUGAACUCGUUUUUUUUUCUCACGAAAGGGUCCAGAGAAUUCCUUGUAGGAGUUGUCAUCUGCGCCAGUGGGUGGUCACUUGGUCACACAUUUUUUUUGGGUUGGUGGGAAUCGGUGGAAUGUUUUUUUGGGGAUUUUAGCUGGAAGGCAUCAUCCAGUUUUCUCCUUUCCCGUUUAUGUUUUUUUUGGUUUUCACGAGAAGUUUAGUGGGUGCGGUCCGGUUGAAAGGUAAAAAUCCCAACGGAAAGUGAAAACGAACAAACUUGAACUGCCAUGACGAUUAAAAAAAGGUAUUUUUUAUUUAUUUAAAUGCUACGUCAUUCAAUUGAGUGAAAGAGAAGAGUGCGUGAUGAUGGCCGAGACGAAUCAAAAGGGUUCCAACUGCAGACGAUAAUGAAACCGAACGAGGUGAAAUGGAAUGGAAGGACGGACAAUGGCGGGAUCGUGUUGCAGCUCGCAGAUGUCGUACCACACGUGGCAGUUUCAUGUGUCGCCCAUCCAGCAACAGCAGCCACCGCCACCUGCCAGAGGAUUUAACCCCUCCGCCGACGGAUAUCCGCCCUGAUAGCUCCGAAUGCCCUGAUCUCCAUGCCUAAACAUGAAUGAGGAGCUGCUGCCCUACGGUGGCAACAGUGUGGCUAUUUGUGUCGUCGGCCCCUCAACCGAUCCGCAACAUCCGCCAACAACAGCCGACAGCAGCAGCAACACCACCACUACCACCUUUGUCGCCAAUGACAACAAGGAGCCGUCCAAACUCAGCAAGAAAUUGAGUAACAUUAGUGCCAUUAGCGACAAUUUCAACAGUUUCAUCAAUAGUGCCGUCGGCGCUGCCAUUGUCGUCUCCAAUAAUUCCGGCCCAGCUUCAUCCGCCACCUCCGCUUCUGCCCAGCAGCCGUCCAGGCGCACCAGUUUGGUCAUCGGCCGCAACCGCAAGAAAUCGCGCCGCUUGACCCUCACGCAAGUUUGCUCCGAAUUCGAGCGGCCCCAACAGCCUCUUCCGCAGCCCAGCAGCGAUCCGCCGUCGUCCAUCGUCGCCGUUGGCGACUAUGAGCACCUGCCCGUCUCUAGGACGUCCAGUUUGAUUUCAUUCGCUUCCGUCAGCAGCUCCUCGACGGCCAUUUCGUCCAUGUCGUCGUCCAGCUCCUCGUCGCCCAAGUCGCUGUCGCAGAGGUCGUCGACGUCGUCGUCCCAGCGCUCGUCCAUCUCCUCCGCCUCGGCCCAUCCCGAGCGAAAACUCAACCGCAUCUUCUCCAUUUUGCACUCGAUGCAACAGACUUUCCUCCAGGCCCAGCCAUUCGCCGCCGCCGCCCAAGCCCAGCAGACCCAAACGGCCGGUGGACACAAUGGACCAGCGACGCCACCGUCGCCGUCGUCGCAAAUGUCGGAGCCUCAGUACAUCGUCAUGGUCCCGCCGCGAUCCACUUCCGUCACGACGGUCCACUCCGACGCCUGCAAGAGCAGCGGCCACGGCCAAAGCCUGAGGCAUCACCAAUUGCGCCAGGCUCCUUCGCGCCAGCACAUUUACGGGAUGGGAAGGAGCCAGGAGUCGCUGGCCCUGGCCCAGCCUGGACCGGGGUCGGGAGUCAACAGCCACCCCAACCAUUUGGCCAUGGGGGCCAUCGACAGGAACCGGCGGUUCGGGUCGGCCAACAGCUGGACUGGCUCGCAAUGCUCGGGAUUCACUUGCACGACGGUGACGACCAGCACGGAAGGGACCCUGUCGGGCUCGCCAUUGGUCCACGCUAUGCCGUACCACAAAGACGGAUGGACGUCAUUUUUCAUCGCCGGGAGUUCGACCUACGCCCAACUUUUAAUUGUCGUUUGCAUCGUGGCCGCCCUGUCGGAGGUGGUCACCCACAACGUCCCGUUUCUCUACUUUGAGGGAUUUUUCACUUACAUGUACUCGGUGUCGAUCCUGUUCUUUCUCUACGUGUUUGGCUAUUUGCUGCGCUCCAAGCGGAGGCGGGAGCAGAAGAAGCGACUGCGCAAAUUGAACAAAUUGAGGCGGACCCAAAUGAGCAGCGGCGGUGGUCCUGGCCCGUCGGGUCAUCAGGAUCACGAGAAAGAUAUUGGCAUCAGCGGCAGCUCCUACAGGAGCAAUAGGAGCGCAUCGGUGGCCAUGGAAAGCGAAACCAUGGCCAGUACGUCGACCCUCAACCGGUUCAUCACGGGCAUCAGGAGCCAGAGGCGCAGGUUCAGUCGAGCCGGACCGGAUGGUGUCAACAAUUUGGCCCUGGAAAUUGGAACGGACGUCGGGGGGAUCGAGUCUCCGUCAAGCUCCAAACCGGCAGGCCAUCAUCACCAUCCGUCAUCCAGCGGAUCGAGCAGCAGCAGCAGCAAGAACCUGCAAUGGACCCCGUCGUCGGUGGGUUUCAAUUUGGUCGACGAGUCGCCCAGUGAAAUCGUUUCUUACGCCAUGAACAGCGACAAUGUCGUCAUCCCCAGCGGCGAAAUAACCGGUACUCGCGGUAAAAUCAAGAAAUUGAAAGUGUCCAACAACGAGCACAGCCACGGGAGUUUCUUCCUAAGAGCCGGCGCCGUGGCUUUCGGCCUGGGCACCAUGAUCUACGACGGCCUAGAAUUCGGCGCUUUCCUGGAAGUGCCGCCCGAUUCGCCAUGUUUCGCUCUCCUGCGCGGACUCAAUCCCGUCCUUCACGCCGCAUUCGUCUUCCUCCAAAUGUACUUCAUCUUCAUCUCCGCCAGGUUAAAUAUUCACAAAUUCAAAGCCAUCGCUCGAUUCGGGUUGAUGCAUUGCCUGGCCACCAACGUUUGCGUUUGGAUCCGCACUUUGGUCAGGGAGUCGCUCAAGGAGAUCAAUCACCACCACGAACAUCACCCGAAAGGUGCCGAGCAAUUCCAAAUGGCGGCCCAGCAGCAGCAAAUGGCGGCCUCUAGUGCUGCCACCGCCGCCGAUACCCAGGCCUUUCUGCACCACAUGGCCGAGGCUGUGGCGGCCGCCGUCGGCAGCGAAGAAGACGGUAGCUCAUCCGUUUACGAAUUUGUGAACGACACGUUGGCCGAAGCGCUCAGCGCUGCCAUCGAAGUCAAAAGUAAAGAAAAGUCAAAUUUGUGGGAAUUGACGGGCAACGUCUCGUGCGGCCGCCACAUUUUCCUGGGCGAACUCAUCAUGAAAGCCGCUCCUUUUCUCUAUCCGUUUCUCAUCGAAUAUUCGCUGAUUGGCGCCGGGGUUCUCUACGUCAUUUGGGCCAACAUCGGACUCAAUCCAAAGUACAAGACGGAAGAGGAUCACAACGAAGAUUCCACCUGGAACAGCAAAUCCCGACAGUUGAGGGUCGAUUGCGUUGGGGCCUCUAAGGGACUUUUCAUGGGCCUUUUCGUCCUGACGGCCGCGCUUCUCUGCCUCAUCCUCUUCUUCAUCUUUGCCCCGCAGCCGCAAUUCCAUCGGCUCGGACUCUUUUUGGCCGAUUCCGCCCAUUUGUCUUUACUCCUCUUCUCCCUCUGUGCCAUGGCCAUCGGCUCCUACAGGGCCCGGCACCUUCACUUCCAUUCGGAGCACAUGGAAGAGUUGGGCAGCAUUUUGUUGAGGGUCUCUGCCCUGGGCAUUUUCGCUUAUUCCGUUUUCUCGAUGAUCGCCGGAGCCUUUGCCAAUCAGGAGACGGACGAGCCGCCCGUUUUGGUUUUCAUCAACGGCCUCCUGUCCGUCGUGGAAGUGACGAUGCAGAUGCUCUUCAUCUCGGACAUGUCGAGACGACGAGUCAAUUCCAUCGAUCAGGAUCGAGAGAAGCCGGGCAGACAGGCCGUCACUUUCCUGCUCAUCACCAACUUGACCCUGUGGCUCGUCUACACUUUCGAAAUGCAAAAAGUCGAAGCCAAUCCCGUCCAGCUCAACUUUUACGGCUUCCUGCCGUGGGCCAUCGUCCAGCGCAUCACGUUGCCCCUUUGCAUCUUUUACCGGUUCCAUUCGGCCAUGGUCUACGCCGAAAUUUGGAAGAAUUCGUACCGGUAUCACGGGCCUUCUCUAGAGGAAGCCCUGCCCAACCAGUACAUCAUAUCCUGAAGUGAAGGGAAUAAUCAUUAUUUAAUCUUUUUUGAAAAAAUGUACGUGUGGACGUGCUGUGUGUGCGUGUAUCUAUUUGUGAGUGCCCGUGCUUGUUGUGGAAGCCAAUUUUUCAUUAUUUAAAACAAUCGCCAAACACCACACCUUCUUUCUCUGUCUUUUGGGGGCUGUGCACAGCACUAGGCGCCCAUGUGGGGAUUUAAUUCAUUUCAUUCAUGUAUACCAGGGCGCCCACCUUGCAGCAGUGACAACAUGGAAGGCACUUGAAUGAUUUUCCCUCGUUUUGAAUUACGAGGCCGGUUUUCGCGUUCGACUUGAUUGCCACUCUAAAAAUUAACUUAUUUUUUCAAAUAGAAAUCUAACAUCUCUCUCUCUCUCUCGAUACAAAUUGAAGAAGUGAUUAAUUGAAGGUUACGGUUUCUAAUAAUUGUGACAUUGAACUAUGGAUAAUACAAAAAACGUCGUGGAUAGUUGGAGACUUUCAUUCGAUUUUGUUUGCUAGUUUGCUUUUGGCGCCAUGAGAGUCACAGAAUAAGCCUCUAGUGGUCAGUUUUGACACUAGACUCUGCGACUAAACUUGUGUUGUUGUCGUCUGCCAUCACAUCUCUCACCGAACUAAGUCGUAAGUUGAAUCUCACACUUGUCCGGAUUUCGAACGAAUUAUUGAUUAAAUCAGUUUCAUUUUCUUGUUGGUCUGGUUAUAUGCAUCGGCAUGCACCUUUAAUUGAUCACGUUGUCUAGACAGUAAAACUCACAAUGUGGAAAGAUCGGAAGAUGGAAGGUCACAUGUUUGGAUUUUCAGAAUGAAAACGAUUGAUUUUCAAUCUCGUGGCAUUUGAAAUAAGUUGGCCAUAUUCCUCCAUGGAAAGCUUAAGUUGUGAAAAGUUUGUGUUACAAUUUCAGGUUGCUACAGGUUCCAGAACAUUCCAAGAACAUCAGGCGGACAGCUUGUGUGGCUGUCACUCAGGACAAAUGAAGGUUGUUUGACUAUAGGCCAACUUCCUCUCUAUCGAGUCCAAGACUAGCAAAAUACAAGCCCAGUAGCUCAGCCUUGCGAUCGUAAAAUCCAAGGUGAUUUUUGGCACUAUUGUUUUUCUCCUGCUCUGGUGAAACACGAACUUGUGGCGUAUAAAUAUCAGCCAUCUCAAGAGAGAAAUUAUUCAAUCAGCGUUCUUCAAAGCGACUACAACAGUCCCAGUUAACAUGUGCAGACUAAGUUUUAUCAUGAUUGUCGGGGCAUUGGUGCUCUCGACCAACUUACAGAGGGCCGAGUCCUUUAGCCACCACCGCAUCCACCAUAAAGAUUCCUACGAGCAUUUGGAAUCGGCCGAAAGCAACGAACUACAAGAAACAACUACCCCCAUUGACACGCAAUCUGACGAGCUGGUCGACUCCGAGGAGAAUAGAGUCGUCAAGCGCCACGCCCUUCUUCAACCAUCAACUAGCCAUUCAUCCGAGGAAGAAGAUACAACAGCAACAACCCUCGACAGCCAAUCGGAUGAACACGACGAUGACAUUCUACCGGUCAGGCUGGUGAAAAGGAAUAUUCCAGUAGCAUCUUCCGAAGAGGACACAACCGCAGCGAAUCUCCUUGACAGCCAAUCAGUCGAGGACGACGGAGUCGAUUCGGAAGAGAAGAGAAUAGUCAAGCGCAAUGUUGAAACGACAACCAUCGACCACUCGUCUGAAGAAGAAACGACAACAGUCGAAGGGGCGAGUGACGAGCAGCACGACGACUCUGCGGAGAAGAGAGUCGUGAAACGGGACAUCCCUGUCGGAGUAGCGGGACUCACGAUCCGUCGUCGAUUCGACUCAUCAGAAGAAGAUACGACAGCCCAUUUUGACAGCCGAUCGAAUGAACGGGACUACUCGGAUGAGCUCCACGACUCGGACGAGUGGAAGAGCAUCGUGAAACGCGACGUCAUCCAAACCACAACCAUCGACCACUCUUCCGAAGAAGAGACGACCACUUCCGUCUAUUCAGAUGAACACGACGACGUCGACUCUGAAGAAAACAAAAUCGUCAAAAGAAAUGUCCACGUAGAAACAGCAACGCGUGAUCGCUCGUCAGAAGAAGACACCACACCGGCGGAUCUCCUCGACAGCCAAUCCAUCGAGGACGACGGAGUCGACUCGGAAGAGAAGAGAAGAAUCAAGAGGAGUAGCCUAGCUCUAACUGCUGUCGACCACUCGUCGGAAGAGAGCACAACAGAUGGCACAUUCGAUUAUUCGGCCGAGGACUCGCUUGAAGAUGUAUUGGUUCGAUUAUCGCAAGAUAUCCAUUCAUUACCUUCAACUGCCCUCAGAAUUUAAAUCGACCCUUUAGGCUUUUUUGUUACAAUUUUGUUGAAAUUUUUUGAGCUUUUUCAGCCACUGUUGUACCUUCUCGUCAUGUCAAUAAAGAUUCAUUGUUUCGUAA